AUGGAAUUACAAAGUUUCAUUUUAUAUGCUGCUUCUUUCUUGUUUGUUCUCAGACCUUCAGUUAUUCUUUUUUACCAUUUAUUUCCAGUUUUAUCAGCAGCACUGAGUUCAGUAGUUCAUCGUACAAAAUCUGACCCAUGGAGGUAACGUGCCGCCAUGAGCCACUCGGGUUGGGUGAGCAUUCCUUCAACACAUCGUGUUCCCCUCAACUCUCAUCAUUAAGCUGCAACUCUACUCCGACCAGAGUCCCACCUCCGCCUUCUCCCCCACUCCACAACAUGGUUCCAACAACAGAAUCGGCACCGGCCAGUACGACAGUCACGGGAGCUGAAACAGCAGCGACAACAAGCCUGGCAGCACCAGUAAAUCCUUCUGAAUCCUCAUCUUCGUCAUCCGUAGAACAGACUGUCCCGAGUAUUCCUACCUCGGACUACUUGGAAGAGGAGAAACCUCUCUUACCAGGGAUUAGUGUCCGUGCGGCUACUUUGGAGAAACUGAUUCAAAUCUGUGUUGAGAGUUUCUGUCCCAAUGGUAGUUUGGUUGAUGACUCUUUCUAUCCACGCGUUUUACUUCUCAUGCAUAAAUGGUUUAUACCAUCUCAGGAACUGGCAGAACGUCUCGUAGAAUUAUAUCUUGGUGUAGAAGAUACAAAACAAUGUGAAGCUGUAAAAUGUUCACACACCCCACGGGAACAAGAUUGUUCUCUACAGGUUUACAAGGCAAAAAUAUGCCAUGUUUUCAGAUACUGGAUCCGAACAUUUCCUUUCCACUUUGACCUCGACAAACGGUUAAAAGUAAUCGUGGAAAGAUUUGGUCAAAUUCUUGAAGCAGAAGGCAAUACCAAUUUUUCUGAAUUAAUCGAUCUUUCUAAAGUGUAAG